AUGAAUAACAAUGAGUAUCUCCCAGUCAACAUUAAUGCUCAAUCACUUGCCUUUCCAUUGUAUAUGCCUCAGUUUAUGAAUUCCCAAUAAAUCUUUUUUCCUUUCAUGUACUACCAGUUCCCAUACUUUUAAUCUUUACCAGCAUAGCAAACUCUACCUCAACCUCCUUAGUCAAAUGAAAAAGCACAAGCAUAAAGUUGUUCUUAGUUUGUGACAGUUAGUGGUACACGAAUUAAGUUGAAUCUAAAAUUGAUUAAAGAGCUACCUUAAGCAACUCCAACCACCAUUCAUGAUGAAAAUGAAUCAGAAUUAAAUAACAAAUAGAUUGACAAACAUUUUAAAAUAAUUAAAUAGAGUAAGCAUAUUAAAAGACAUAUAUCAACUCGUAAUGUGCAAGUAAAUACAGAUUAGAAUAAUUAACCUUAUAAGUUCUUUUUUAGGAAAAAUGAUGGGUUUAUUCAUAUAGGAAAUGGUCAUUAGACUGAGAUGGUGUAGAGAAAAUUCAAUUUCAAUAUGAUGAGAAUGAAAUUACAAUAGUUUUAAGUUUGGGAUCAUGAGAAUAUGUCAUUAUGUAAGAAUUCCUUUAUAUUUAGAUGAUGAAAUCAAACAGCUAAUGAAUUUGACAGAUGAUAAAACACUGUAAAUAUUAUAGUCAUACAAAAACAUUAAGUUACUUCACAAAAAACUGAUGAGCAGAGAUCCAAUUGCAUAUGAGGAAGUCUAAAAUCUACUAAUAAAAAAAUAUAAUUAAUGA